AUGGGCUCUUGUUCUAUUUUGGUUCAGUUUUAAUAAUGCUACAACCCUCAUGGAAAUUUAGUCAGUGUUGUUUAUCAUUUGGUUUUACCUUGUUCACAUUUGGUUAAUUUACUGCAAUUAAACUUGAUUGGUAGGACUUGAAACCUAUGAAUGAAAAACACCCAUGAAUUGAAUCCCCUAUUGAUUUAAGUAGUCUGUAUACUGCAUUUCAGCUUAAAGAUGCAAAUAUGUAGACAAUUAAGAAAACCUGACUGUAUUAAAUUCAUGUAAUUGACGUAGAACCGAAAUCAUACAUUUCUCUCUUAAUUCUCUCCGCUCUUCCUUCCCAUCCCUCUCUCUCUCUCUGCUGCUGUGCCUUCAGCUACCAGAGCAGUGGGACCCCCACGGUAGUCCCCAGACCAGCCUGUCAGCCCCAGUGCUUCCCCCAGGCACACCCUUCCCUACCCAGCCACAGCACAGCCCCUCGGUCCUUGACGCUACAGAGGGCUUCGACCUCAACAAGCCCGACCCAUACGACCUCUAUGAGAAGUCCAGGGCCAUCUACGAGAGUAGGCGUGAGUAUUGUUUCAUGGUGUAAGACAGUGGCGAUUUUAGCAUGUAAAUCUUGGUGGGGCAAACUCACAUUUAUUUUUCUAGAUGCAUGCCAGCAAAGCCACUCUUCCUGGUUCUGCAAUGUAGUAUUUUCCUUGACUGAGAACAUAUGACAAAAUAA